AUGGAUGAUGCUCAAUGCAAGUAUGCAACCACAGAGAAGGAGCUCCUUGCCAUAGUCUUUGCCUUUGAGAAGUUUCGAAGCUAUAUAGUUGGAUCCAAGGUGAUUGUGCACACUGACCAUGCUGCCCUUAGACACAUCUUCGCUAAAAAGAUACAAAGCCAAGACUUCUCAGAUGGAUCCUUUUGCUUCAAGAGUUUGAUAGAAGUUGUGGACAAAAAGGGAGUAGAAAAUGGAGUUGCUGAUCAUCUCUCUAGGAUGCGAGUUGAAGACAUGAUCCCCAUCAAUGAUUCUAUGCCUGAAGAACAGCUUAUGGCAAUCAUGAUCUUGAAGGAGAGUUUUGAUGAGAAAGCCAGGCUGGAAGAAGUUAAGGCUCUGCGUGAUGAGAAUUUGCCAUGGUAUGCUGAUAUAGUGAACUUCAUGGUGUCCGGAGAAGUCCCUAGUAGCUUUGAUGCUUACAAGAGGAAGAAAUUCUUCAAGGAUGCUAGGCAUUACUAUUGGGAUGAGCCCUACCUGUACAAGAGAGGACCAGACAGCAUUUACAGGAGAUGCAUUGCUGAAGAGGAUGUGCAAGGAGUUCUAGAGCAUUGCCAUGGGAUGCAGCAGACUACAUUGCCAAGUGUGAUCCGUGCCAAAGGAAAGGAGGGAUCACCAAGAGGACGAGAUGCCACUAAACCCAAUUCUACCUGUACAAGAGAGGACCAGACAGCAUUUACAGGAGCAACUAAGGUUUUGCAAUCGGGUUUAUGGUGGCCUACUUUGUUUAAGGAUGCAGCAGACUACAUUGCCAAGUGUGAUCCGUGCCAAAGGAAAGGAGGGAUCACCAAGACGGACGAGAUGCCACUAAACCCAAUUCUACCUGUACAAGAGAGGACCAGACAGCAUUUACAGGAGGAUGCAGCAGACUACAUUGCCAAGUGUGAUCCGUGCCAAAGGAAAGGAGGGAUCACCAAGACGGAUGAGAUGCCACUAAACCCAAUUCUAGAGGUUGAGAUUUUUGAUGUAUGGGGAAUAGACUUCAUGGGACCUUUCAAACCCUCUUCAAACGGGCACAACUACAUUUUGGUUGCUGUAGACUAUGUAUCCAAAUGGAUUGAAGCCAUUCCCUGCCCAACUUGUGACGCCAAGAUGGAGGCUCCCAUUUCAUCAACAAGGUGUUUGAAAAUUGAUGAGAAGCCACGGAGUAAAACACAAGGUCGCCACCCUUAUCACCCUCAAACCAGUGGGCAAGUUGAAGUCUCCAACAGACAGAUCAAGGCCAUAUUGGAGAAGACUGUGAGCUUCACUAGGAAAGACUGGGCAGCAAGGCUUGAUGAGGCACUUUGGGCUUAUAGGACAGCCUACAAAACCCCCAUUGGAAGGUCUCCUUUCAAUUUGCUGUAUGGGAAGGACUGCCACUUACCUGUGGAGGUCGAAUAUAAGGCUUUAUGGGCAGUAAAGAUGCUGAACUUUGAUAUAAAGGCAGCACAAGAAAGGAGGGUAAUGAACUUGUUUGAGCUGGAGGAGAUAAGAAUGAAUGCCUAUGAGAACUCUAGGAUUUACAAGAUGAGAACCAAGGCAGCCCACGACAAACUGAUUCGCCUUAAGGACUUCAAGGUUGGGGACAGUGUGCUCUUGUUUAACUCCAAGCUAAGGUUGUUUCCCGGGAAGUUGAGGUCAAAGUGGUCGGGGCCAUUCAAGAUCACGAAGUUCUACCCUAUGGAUCCCUCACUCUGCUCAACCAAGAGGGGAAGGAAUUCACAGUGA